AUGACAUGCAGCAAACAAGUUCAUGUGUGGGUGGGCAAUAACAAGCCAGAAUCUAUCAUUUUCUCUCUUGAACUGCUUGACAGGGGUUCUCUUAUUCAGAUCCCAAGUUCUUAUAGUUCUGUCUUCACCAACAGAAAUAAUGAGGUCUUCGGUUGGGUGGAACAGCACACAAGGGACGUUGUUGGUGUGUCCUCUACAGCUGUCGACUUCCCAAGCUCUAGUUUCACUCAUUCUCCAGAGUUUAACGACUCUGUCGUCACCACUGGAGACGAUUAA